AUGACUUUCGAAUUGACCGGUGACAUGGAUAGCUUAUUGGAGAAUCUCGGGCAAAGCAGUCAUCAGGGCUUCAGAAAAGACUUCCUUGUGCUCUGCAAAACCAGCGACUUUGCUGGUCUGAAGGAUGAGUACAUACUACCGAAGCGGUUCAAGAACCUCAAGUUCGGGAUCAACUCAAAUCAAGGGAUUGUCAACCAGGCCGUCCUCGAAGUCUCGGACCGAAUGCUCUACGAUGUCGAAAAGAUGCGAAGGCCCGUUCAACAUGGUGCAUUGGACUCUAGAUUAGGCACCUCGAGCAAGACCGGCAUCUGCGAAACCUGCGGUGAAGGACUCCAGAACUGCAACGGGCAUUUUGGCCAUGUCAGGCUGGCCCUUCCUGCAUUUCACAUUGGAUAUCUGAAGUUGGUUAUGAAUAUCUUACAGAAUAUCUGCAAAGACUGCGCAAGAGUACUGCUUACAGACACCGAUCGCCGAAGCUUCCUGAAGGAAUUACGAAGACCUGGGAUCGACAAUUUGAAGAGAACGCAGAUCUGCAAAAGGAUUAACGAGCAAUGCCGCAAAGCAAAGAUAUGUCCACAUUGCGACGCAGUCAACGGCCAGAUCCGAAAGAUCGGCGUGCUCAAGUUGGCUCACGAUAAAUACCAGGCCUACAACAAAUCAACUGCUGCAAAGAAAGUAGCUCCUGCGAGUUUGGUCACUUUCCAGAAAUCUUUCGAGGAGGCGAAAAAGAACAAUACAGAUCUUGACAAGCAUAUGAAGAAGGCUAUGGAUGAUUUGAACCCGCUCAGGGUCCUAAAUCUUUUCAAGAUGAUUACUCCAAAUGACUGCGAGCUUUUGGGCAUGAACCCUGCCGAAGGCAGACCAGAAAUGUUUAUAUGGCAAUUCGUGCCGGCACCUCCUAUUUGUAUCCGCCCUUCAGUCGCGCAGGAGAAUGCAAGCACCGAAGAUGAUCUCACAACCAAAUUGGCUGAUAUUGUCCAUAUCAGCUCCUUGAUUCGUGCGGCAUUGCAAAAAGGACAGCCAGUGCAAACCAUCAUGGAGCAAUGGGACUACCUCCAGUUGCAAAUUGCCAUGUAUGUGAACAGCGACGUCCCUGGUCUUCAGCAACCUGGUUUCGGAAAGGCUAUUCGAGGUUUCUGCCAACGGUUAAAAGGAAAGCAGGGUCGAUUUCGUGGCAAUCUAUCAGGGAAGCGUGUCGACUUUUCAGGGCGAACUGUCAUUUCGCCAGAUCCAAACCUGGGCAUCGAUCAGGUUGCAAUUCCAAUACUGGUUGCUAAAAAUCUCACAUACCCGGAACGGGUCCAACGGCAUAAUAUCGAGAAGCUGAGACGGUGUAUUUUGAACGGGCCAAAUAUCCACCCUGGAGCUCAACAGAUUCUCAAGAAAGACUCAGACCACAAGAUCUCUCUGAAAUUUGCUCGAAAGGAAAUCGAGGCAAAGCACCUGAGGAUUGGAGAUGUGGUGGAGAGACAUCUCGAAGACGGUGACAUCGUUCUCUUCAACAGGCAGCCGUCGCUCCACAAACUCAGUAUUAUGAGCCAUUACGUCAAAGUCAGACCGUGGAGGACCUUCCGUCUGAACGAGUGUGUGUGCAAUCCGUACAACGCCGAUUUCGAUGGCGACGAGAUGAAUUUGCAUGUCCCCCAAACGGAAGAGGCAAGGACAGAGGCAAUCAAUCUGAUGGGGGUCAAGAACAAUCUCUCAACACCGAAGAACGGAGAACCGAUUAUUUCGGCGACCCAAGAUUUCAUCACAGCGGCAUACCUUCUCAGCAGCAAGGAGAACUUCUUCGAUCGAAAGACCUUCACCAAUCUCUGCAUGUACAUGGUAGAUGGAAAUGUCCACCUUGAUCUACCACCUCCUGCAAUCGUAAAGCCGCAGGCCUUGUGGACGGGAAAGCAAGUUUUCAGUGUCCUCAUGCGACCAAACAAGUCAUCCCCAGUCAAAGUCAACCUCGACGCAAAAUGCCGAGAUUACAAAUCCGGCUCCGGCAAAUGCCCAGAUAUGGAUCCUAAUGACGGCUGGCUGGUAGUACGCAAUUCAGAAGUUAUGUGUGGUAGAAUGGACAAGACAACUGUGGGUUCUGGGAAGAAAGACUCCAUAUUUUACAUUAUCCUUCGAGACUUCGGCCCGGAUGAGGCCGUUCUAGCGAUGAAUAGGCUUGCGAAGAUCUCUGCGAGAUAUCUUACAAACCAGGGAUUUUCCAUCGGUAUCAGCGAUGUUUAUCCAUCACAGAAGCUCACGGACAAGAAGCAGGCACUAGUUGAUAAGGCCUAUCUGGAGUGUGAGCAAUUGAUCCAGACUUUCAAGGAAGGCAAACUGGAGAAAGCUACAGGGUGUAACAUGGAGGAGACUCUGGAGAACGCAAUAUCUGGUAUUCUCAGCAGAGUUCGACAGCAAGCCGGCGAAUACUGUAUCGAAACCCUAAGCAAGUGGAACGCCCCACUUAUCAUGGCCAAGUCCGGAUCCAAGGGAUCAAACAUCAACGUCGCGCAAAUGGUGGCAGUUGUCGGCCAGCAGAUUAUUGGGGGACAGCGUGUUCCCGACGGCUUUCAAGACCGAAGUCUUCCUCAUUUUCCAAAAAAUGCUCGUCAGCCCCCAUCGAAAGGCUUUGUCAAGAACAGUUUCUUCUCGGGCCUCACACCCACAGAAUUUCUGUUCCACGCCAUUUCUGGACGUGAAGGCUUGGUCGAUACUGCCGUCAAGACUGCUGAGACUGGUUACAUGUCUCGAAGACUCAUGAAGUCUCUCGAGGAUCUGUCUACGCAGUACGACGAUACAGUGCGGAACUCCUCGGGCAUAAUUGUUCAGUUCCAAUUUGGAGCUGACAAGCUUGAUCCUGUCGACAUGGAAGGCAGUGCUGUCCCUGUCAACUUUGAGCGGACAUGGACCCAUGCUGAGACUCUUACCUGGGACAACGACGAGCGUUGCAUGUUGCCGUUCGAGAUUACAGCAGAAUGUAACAGGCUGUUGGCUAACCAAAAGUCUAAGUAUGCCCGAAAGGGCCUGCUCGAAGAGUCUCUCGAGUACGAUGACCAAAGCGAUUAUGCGAUUGACGAGUUUGAAAGCGCUCGAGGCUUUCUUGCCACCAUCACCAAGUUUGUGGGCGGUCUAGCUUCGCGCAUGGCCAGAGUACGACGACAAGCAGGGCUACACGAUUUCGAGGAUGAUCCAAUGUUAGCGAGAGACUUUCUUGAAAGGAAAGAGGAUCAAGGGAGGCGAGACCAAGUGGAACGUGUUGCCAAGGUUUCGCUGUCGACUUUGAAGGUGUUCAUCUCGCUCUGCCUGGACAAAUAUGCCAAAGCCCACGUUGAACCUGGUCAUGCCGUCGGUGCCGUCGGUGCUCAAUCCAUUGGUGAGCCAGGAACUCAGAUGACCUUGAAGACCUUCCAUUUUGCUGGUGUUGCCGGCAUGAGUAUCACGCAGGGUGUCCCACGUAUCAAGGAGAUCAUCAACGCGUCUAAAGCUAUCAGCACUCCCGUCAUCACCUGCCCCUUGGAGAACAACAAGCAAAUUGAAGUUGCCCGCGUGGUGAAGGGUCGUAUCGAGAAGACUUACAUCUCCGACGUUGUCCGCUUCAUUGAGGAUAUGUGGUCGGCAAAGAAGUCAACGCUUUGCCUCUCUGUCGAUACCGACGUACUCAACGACAUGCAUCUCGGCAUCACUGUGGAAGAUAUUGCCAGAACGAUAUGCCAGAACCGGAAGCUGAAGAUUCGGUACAGCGAUGUGACGGUCGUCAGCGAUUGUAUAUUCAUCAAUGUCACACACGAGAAUGGUGGAAACACGGGAGGACGUGGCGCUGGUGCGAAAAGCAAGCCGAGCCUAGAUGAAGGUGGAUCUGAUCUUUUACUUCGUGUCAACCAUUUGAAGCGCGCUUUGCCUUCUUUGGCAAUCUCAGGCUAUCCAGACGCUACUCGGGCUAUCAUCCAAACAUCUGAGCAGAGCGAGCAUACGGUACUUGUGGAAGGCUAUGGCCUGCGUGCUUGCAUGACAACGGAGGGCGUCAUUGGCACCAAAUGCACAACCAACGGUGUUAUGGAAUGCCGCGAAGUGCUUGGAAUUGAGGCAGCACGUACUACUAUUGCCAAGGAAAUCGGCCUCGUAAUGAUUGAGAUGGGUAUAGAUCCUCGCCACAUGCAGCUUCUCGCAGAUGUCAUGACAUACAAGGGAGAAGUACUCGGUAUCACACGGUUUGGUCUGUCCAAGAUGCGAGAUAGUGUGUUGCAGCUUGCUUCCUUUGAGAAGACCCCGGAUCAUCUCUUUGAAGCCGCCGCAGGAAUGAAGUCCGACAUGAUUGAGGGGGUGAGCGAAUGCAUCAUCAUGGGUCAGACUAUGAGUGUGGGCACGGGAGCAUUCAAAGUCGUUAGACGACUGGGUCUCAAUCCGGAGGAUACCAAAAAGAGGGCCACUGCCUUUGAGGAUGCGUGGACGUGGGAUCGGGCAGAGCGGAAGAUGCAAAAGUCAAGUCGAGUCGAACUCUAG